GCAGUUGUCGUUUUUUUCCGACAUAGGUCUGACAUAAACAACUUAAAGCCAUUUCCGGCGAAACGAGACUGAACUGUUGGAACAUUUAAAAAAAAAAAAAAAAAGAUUAUUUUUCAGAGAUGGCUCGUAAAAAUUCUCAGAAAACAGAUACUACUGGUGCUAUUGUUUUUGAUAGCCGAACAAAAUCAGUCAUGACUCAGGUUGGACAAGACAAUGUUAAACAAAAGGUUCAGGCUGUGAAAGAAAUCGUCCCAGGGAAAAAUGCUAAUGAAAUUAUUUUAGUGCUUCAGUAUUAUGACAACUGUGUUGAAAGAACUAUACAAGCUUAUAUGGAAGAUGGUGCCAAGGAGGCUUUGAAAGAAUGGCAUCUUCCUGAUAAUAAGGUGUUGAAACAGAAGAAGAAGAACAAAAAGAAGUCAAACCAAAAUCCUCCCUCUGCUGACCAACAACACAAGCCUAAUUCUCAGGGGCCAGUAAGCAUCUCAAAGGUGGCCAAUGAUGUGGUCAACGGUGAUAUGCCUAAAAGGAACAAAUCCACGGUUCGCAUUGGGAAAAAUGCGUCUCGAACUGGUGUUGUAAUCUCAUCGUCUUCAUCGUCUUCGUCGUUAUGUAGGGGGGAGUUACACACCGCUGCUGGCAAAGAAGUUGAGCUAACAACUACAUCUCAGAGGGACCUCAAUGGCGAUUCUUCUAAAUCGGAUCUCCAUACUAACAACGAAUCUGAAAUCCAUAAGCAACGGUCUCGCCCUAAGUCUGGCCAAGCUGUAGCAAACAGUCAGACACAUCAGGGUAGUAAGAAAGCUAGUGUCACCACAACUGCUGACUCUCUUCCAAAAACAGGACAUUCUGGAUCAACGAAAAGUGACAACAGGGUUGACUUGGGCCCGAAUGUGGUGUCUAAAGUCAAGAAACCAUAUGCAGGUCUUGAGAAAUCCAUUAAGGAUUUGAAUAGACAGACAGUAUCUUUGGAUAGAUUACAAUUGGUGCUGAAUGAAGAAGUGAAGAAAGCUUACAAACGAAUUAGUACUGUCUUUGAAGAAAUGUAUUCUUGUCUUAAAGAAAGAGAGUCACAAAUGAUACAAGAACUGGACAAAGUGAAUUUAGAUGCAGAAGAUAUUAUAAAACAGCGAAAACAGAAGGCAGCUGAUUUGAAGGUACAGAUUGAUCGAGCUCAACAGAUGAAAGAUAGUGAAGUUGCUGAACUGAGAAGUCAAAUUAAGGAAUUUGUAAGUUUCAGACGGAUUGAUGAGGAUAUUGGUCGGAGCACGCGGUUCCACUAUGAUUCUGAUCAUCUGAAAAAUGAGAUUAACAAAUUUGGGGAAAUUACUCCUGUCAAUAAAUGUGCAUAUAGUGUAAACCGUCCAAACCAAAGUGAAAGUUCAUCGUCUAAUGGAAGCAGUCUACAACCGCCCCCAAUCCCAAGUGCUGUCAUUAAUACAAGUCAUAAUCUACCUGAAGAAAUGAAUGGGAACAACUCAAGCAAUUCGAACUCGACGUCACAAGAUGCUACAACGGAAGAACCUGUUGCAGUCUCUUCGUGUCCUGUUAGUAGUAAUACCAAUAAUGAACAGUAUCAACAUUCGAGAACGUUUUCAAGCAAUUACAAAUCAUCAGAUUAUCGAAAUAACUAUAGUUCGGGUCGGUCGUCUCGGAACUAUCACCAAGUAAGUAACCGAGGUCAUCGAAGAGGAGAUGGGGGCUACAGAGGAAAUUCCGAUUCUUAUUACCCGCACGAACAAAGAGUACAGUACCUAGGUCGGGGAGUGCAUUUUGGAGCCCGUCGGUCCCGGCCUGGUGGAGUGUCGAGGCUGAAGACAAAUUCUCGAGACCAAGAUAAUUCAGUUUACAGAUAAUUGACUCUCCCUCCCCCCCUUUCUUCUCCAGCCCUUUUUGGAGUUGAGUUGAUGGAAAACAAGGUACAAAAAAAUCAAGUUUAAGAGUUCCCACUUCCACUUAACAUGUAACAACAGUAAAUAUACAAUCAUUCACGCAUUCACUUUGCACAUGAAUGCAUGCACUCAUAUUGUCAUGAUACAUACAUACAUAAUAUGAAAAGGUUUUUUUUUCUCUCUCUUCCCUUUAAUUCCUUCUUAGUUAGGUUUAACAUAAAUACUAAAAAUAUAUAAAAUAAUGAAAAGUUAAAGAAAAAAAAUGGCAAAAUACAGAACAACCAAAUCAGUCAAAAAAAAUCAGGGAAAUUAAUCUAUAUGUACUAUGUCAUUAUAAUUGUCUCCCUUCGAUAAUGCUCUCUCUCUCUCACUCUCUCUUCUCUUUCUUUUUUCUCUCUCUUUCUCUCUCCCUCAAUCUGUCAGUCUAUCUCCCUCUCAAAAACGGAACCAAACAAGAUAUUUCUAAACAUGAAACUAAUUCUAGAAAUGAUCGUUUAUGUUUGUCUUGAAAUUUAGGGAGGGCAAGAAGAAAAAAAAAAUUAAAAAUAUAUUUGCAAAUUUCAUCUUUAAAAAAAAAAAAGAAAUAAAAUUUAAUAAAAAUAUAAUAAUUAAAAAAAAUGCAAGAAAGAAGAAACAAGAAUAUGUUUGGAAAAUAUUCUUUAUGUAAGCUAAACUAUUUCUAUUUCUACAAUUUUUCCCCACUAAAAAAAAACCAAAAAGAAUCAGCUCUUUAUGAAUCCUCUUUCAUGUAUUCGCCUUCGAUGCUGAACAAACAUUAUCCUUCCAGAAUAACAUUUUUUUCCAAAGAUAUCCAAAGAUAUCCAAUACAUAUCGAUCACUAAAACGUUAUAAAAACUGUAUUGAUUUGUUA